AUGCAGCAGCUGCAGGAGGUGCCCGAGUACUCGGAACCGCUUCCGAAGUAUGAAAAGCACAAGCCAAUGUAUAUCCUGAUCGAUAAGGAUACGCCGGGGGCAGUGACCCCAUACACGACUCCGAGCACGCCGAGGGUUAUCCUCGAUUCGGCAUUACGGAUGCCGCUAGAUCCCGGCCCUUUAUCUGAUGAAGCGUUUCGAGCUUCGGGUUGGUAUGUUACCUGGGGUCUUCAGGGAGCACAUGAGGCGCAGAACGAGUCUUGGAAUACGCACGCGCUUCAACAAGCCAGUGCUGUUUGA